AUGCAGCUGCCUAAUCAGUCCCGCCAUUACUAUUUGCCAAAUUCUCCGUGGAAAGGUCGAGUGAGACGCGGCCUUUGGGGCAGACGGGGCGGUGGCGCACCAGUGUGUCGCCGCGAUUUGUUUGGCCAAAUUUCCGCCCAAGAUUCUCUUCGCACAUCCCGUCCAAGCGCAGUCGAUUUCGCGGGCCCCGCCGCCAUUGGGCGCUCCGCGCGAACAGUCAAUGUCGUGCACGUGCUGGAAGUGAGCCCUGACAUCGGAGAUAGAGACAGAGACGAAGAUGGCAAAAACACCUGGCGGGGCACACCGGGGAUCGCGAAAGCGUUCGAGACCGAUGCGGGAACACUGUAUGGCUGCGUAGCGUUGCCCGUCACAGACAAACACAUGGUAAGGUGCAAAGGAUGCGGCGAGUUGUCGAUGAGCGCCAAGACCUGUGAGAACAGAAAUGGCCAGAGAUAUCAGCAACAUGUACCCUCAUUGCUAGGAGCGAGGCCCGAAGCCACAGGUACUGGUAUGUCAUUCACGUUCAGAGGUUGCGACGGAGUCAAGAACACCGGCCAGUCGCUUAGCCGUGUUGCGGCGUCGUCCUGGAUAUUGGAGUAG